GUGAGAUCGUACCCUGUGAUAUCCUCGUCACUCUAUAUGAUCAACGGGGUUAUAUACACAGUUUGGUCAUCAUGCUGACGGUAUACGAUGACCUGAGCCUCGACCGCUCCUCAUUUGGCGUUAGUCUAUUCCGUGAAUCCUUUGCUCUAGUGAUAUGACGUUAAAUGUCAGAGGCCAAGAGCGGCCAAGAGCAGCCAAGCCACGAAAGUCGGAGACUUAUAUCAGAAACUCUCCUUAGGAACGGAUGAACUAUAGUUUGCUUCGGUCAAAGCGUGUUUCCCAUCCAGCUGUAUGGAUAGGCAUAGCUACGGACGUAUCCCAAUGACAAAUAACUAGGUACCUACAUAAACCCCAUCAUCUCCAGGAGAUCGGCAAUAUAAAUUUCUUAGCAUACUAGGUAAUAAAGGCACCGGUAUUCGGGAACAAACAAAAAACAAAAACAUGCGACGCAUACAAGUGGAAAAGCGACCCAACGCAAACCGGCUCGUCCAGAGCCAAGGCCUCGUCUACUCCAAGACGCCCGCACCCGGAGACACCUCGGACCCGUACUGGCCCGACGACAGGUACUACUCCUUCAGCAGCAAGGAGAUCGAGCUGCUGGAGAAAGCCGGGCAGGACGUCUUCGACAUGUGCUGCGAGGCGGCCGACUUCCUCGUCGAAAACCCGGACGUGGUGACGGGCAAGAUGGCGAUCCCCGCGUUCGCGCUGCGGCAGAUCAAGGAGUCGUGGAACCGGGACCCGGCGUGGGGCAGCGUGUACGGGCGCUUCGACGUGUGCUUCGGCGGGCUCGAGCACGGGGACGCGCGGCUGCGGGUGCCCAAAUUCUACGAGUUCAACGCGGACACGCCGACGUCGCUGGUGGAGGCCGCGUCGAUCCAGUGGUCCUGGCUCGAGCAGACGGGCCACGGGAACGACCAGCUCAACUCCCUCGUCGAGAAGCUCGUCGCCGCGUGGGCGCGGAACCUGGCCCUGGUCGAGAAGGAGCUGGGCCGCCGCCCGGCUGCGGUCCACUUCGCCAUCGGGUACGGCGAGCGCACGGGCGAGGACGCGAUGAACGCCGCGCUGCUGAUGGACACCUGCCGGCAGGCCGGGUGGGCCACCAAGUCGCUGUACGUGGAGCAGAUCGCGAAGUCGCCGGAGGGGCGGUUCUUCGACCAGGACGGGCAGCACAUCGACGUGGUCUUCAAGCUGUACCCGUGGGAGUACAUGGUGGAGCAGGAGUUCGGCGAGGCGUGCUUCGAGGACAUGGGACGGGCCGACAGAGACAAGGCAACGAUCUGGAUCGAGCCGCCGUACAAGAUGCUCUGGAGCAACAAGGCGCUCUUCGCCGUCCUCUGGGACCUGUUCCGGGACGACCCCCGGUCCAAGUGGCUGCUGCCGACGUACUUCGAAGACGAAGCGCCGGCCUCGCUGACGCGGUUCGCGCGGAAGCCGAUUUUCGCGCGCGAGGGCGCGGAUGUCCUGCUGCAGGCGGACGGGCGGGUGAUCCAGGACGCGGCGACGGGGCACUACGGCAAGGAAGGGUACGUGAUGCAGGAACUAGCGUUGCUGCCGGAGUUCAAGGACGACGAGGACAAGACAUUCUACCCGGUGCUAGGGCUGUGGCUCGUCGACGGCGAGGUGGCGGGGGUGGGGAUCCGCGAGGACAAGACGCCCAUCACGACGAACGGGUCGUGGUUCAUCCCGCACUCGAUCUCGGACGGGCCGGUGUGCUACGACCGGACGCCGAUACCAGAUGCGGACGAGAUCGAGGCGGUGUUGACGCUGGAGAGCUAUGAGGGUCUGAAGCAGGGGAAUGGGGUUAUGGAGUAUAUCGAGAGCGUGGUGGGUUAAGCUGGGGCUUUGUGAAAGCUUAAUAACAAGGAGAGUGUAGAUUAUUUACCUACCUGUUAUGUACCUCCGCUUGGUUAUAUACCUACCUAAG